AUGCCAGCUCUGGAGCGUUCCUGUAACGGCGCGUUGGCGCUGCACUACGCCGCGGCCCGGGGAUGUCCGGACUGUGUGAUACUGCUAGUGUACGGUCGAGUGUUACGUUGGAUGAAGGACGUCAACAUGCCAGCUCUGGAGCGUUCCUGUAACGGCGCGUUGGCGCUGCACUACGCCGCGGCCCGGGGAUGUCUGGACUGUGUGAUACUGCUAGUGUACGGUCGAGUGUUACGUUGGAUGAAGGACGUCAACAUGCCAGCUCUGGUGCGUUCCUGUAACGGCGCGUUGGCGCUGCACUACGCCGCGGCCCGGGGAUGUCCGGACUGUGUGAUACUGCUAGUGUACGGUCGAGUGUUACGUUGGAUGAAGGACGUCAACAUGCCAGCUCUGGAGCGUUCCUGUAACGGCGCGUACGGUCGAGUGUUACGUUGGAUGAAGGACGUCAACAUGCCAGCUCUGGAGCGUUCCUGUAACGGCGCGUUGGCGCUGCACUACGCCGCGGCCCGGGGAUGUCUGGACUGUGUGAUACUGCUAGUGUACGGUCGAGUGUUACGUUGGAUGAAGGACGUCAACAUGCCAGCUCUGGAGCGUUCCUGUAACGGCGCGUUGGCACUGCACUACGCCGCGGCCCGGGGAUGUCUGGACUGUGUGAGACUGCUAGUGUACGGUCGAGUGUUACGUUGGAUGAAGGACGUCAACAUGCCAGCUCUGGAGCGUUCCUGUAACGGCGCGUUGGCGCUGCACUACGCCGCGGCCCAGGGAUGUCUGGACUGUGUGAGACUGCUAGUGUACGGUCGAGUGUUACGUUGGAUGAAGGACGUCAACAUGCCAGCUCUGGAGCGUUCCUGUAACGGCGCGUUGGCGCUGCACUACGCCGCGGCCCGGGGAUGUCUGGACUGUGUGAGACUGCUAGUGUACGGUCGAGUGUUACGUUGGAUGAAGGACGUCAACAUGCCAGCUCUGGAGCGUUCCUGUAACGGCGCGUUGGCACUGCACUACGCCGCGGCCCGGGGAUGUCUGGACUGUGUGAGACUGCUAGUGUACGGUCGAGUGUUACGUUGGAUGAAGGACGUCAACAUGCCAGCUCUGGAGCGUUCCUGUAACGGCGCGUUGGCACUGCACUACGCCGCGGCCCGGGGAUGUCUGGACUGUGUGAGACUGCUAGUGUACGGUCGAGUGUUACGUUGGAUGAAGGACGUCAACAUGCCAGCUCUGGAGCGUUCCUGUAACGGCGCGUUGGCGCUGCACUACGCCUUGGCCCGGGGAUGUCUGGACUGUGUGAGACUGCUAGUGUACGGUCGAGUGUUACGUUGGAUGAAGGACGUCAACAUGCCAGCUCUGGAGCGUUCCUGUAACGGCGCGUUGGCGCUGCACUACGCCGCGGCCCGGGGAUGUCUGGACUGUGUGAGACUGCUAGUGUACGGUCGAGUGUUACGUUGGAUGAAGGACGUCAACAUGCCAGCUCUGGAGCGUUCCUGUAACGGCGCGUUGGCGCUGCACUACGCCGCGGCCCGGGGAUGUCUGGACUGUGUGAGACUGCUAGUGUACGGUCGAGUGUUACGUUGGAUGAAGGACGUCAACAUGCCAGCUCUGGAGCGUUCCUGUAACGGCGCGUUGGCGCUGCACUACGCCGCGGCCCGGGGAUGUCUGGACUGUGUGAGACUGCUAGUGUACGGUCGAGUGUUACGUUGGAUGAAGGACGUCAACAUGCCAGCUCUGGAGCGUUCCUGUAACGGCGCGUUGGCGCUGCACUACGCCGCGGCCCGGGGAUGUCUGGACUGUGUGAGACUGCUAGUGGACGCAUCCUCCGAUCUUAGCGCAAACACCCAGAUGGACAACGACGUGACACCAGUGUACCUGGCAGCACAGGAAGGUCACCUGGAGGUCCUCAAGUUCCUGGUACUGGAGGCUGGAGGAUCGCUGUACGUCAGGGCCAAGGAUGGCAUGGCGCCUGUACACGCCGCGUCGCAGAUGGGCUGCCUCAACUGUCUCAAGUGGAUGGUUCAAGACCAGGGGGUGGACCCUAACCUGAGGGACGGCGACGGCGCGACACCCCUUCACUUCGCCGCCUCUAGAGGUCACGUGGAGGUGGUCCGAUGGCUGCUGAGGCACGGUGCCAAGCUGGUAACCGACAAGUAUGGAAAGAGCCCAAUCAACGACGCUGCCGAGAAUCAUCAGAUGGAGUGCCUGAACCUGUUGGUACAGCGAGGUACCACUCCGGACUACCAUGAUGACCUUUACCAGGGCAAACUGCACGGCUGUACCUGCAGGGCUGGGGACUCUGUGUGUUCAUACGCAGACUGUAUCAACUACACCAAUGGCAAGGAGCCAUUCUACCUGCACCCCCCGGGCCCUGUCAAGGACUCUCCUCCAGCCAAGGAUGGACUCUACAUCAACCCUAUGACCCUGACCUCCCACAACCAUAACCACAACAGUGGCUUCUACCUGCACAACCCCCAGGAAGUACCCUACCAUAGGGUCAAGGACCUCUUCAACCCUGACAAGCACCAAUCAGGGUUCACCACGUACAGCAAGCCUCCACCACCACCUCCACCCCCACCACUGACUGUCAAGGUGGAGGUCCACAGCAGCUCCAGUGGAGCAGGCUCAGAUGAGAUGAGCUCCUCCGACUUGAGUGAGAGGGGCUCCGGUCACGACUACGAGGACAUCUACCUGGUGAGGGCGGAGGCCGGAGGUGGAAUCAAGGCUCCACGGAGCCAGCGGAGCAACAGUAGGGACUCUGGGAGUCACAGUCGCAGCAACAGUCUAAGCUCCACUCAUAGCGUUGUUGUCACCGGGGACGUGCAACCUGAGUUACCUCCCGCCAAUGCUAAUCGUUCACCUCAGAAACAACACUCUGAAAUAACAAGCUGUGAGGAUCAGACCCAGAAAGGAAAGUCGAAAUUGAACCACAGCCACUCAAUGCCGUACCACCAAGUCAACAACAGAGCACUGAAGCGAGUGGUGUCAGAGCCAGGAUCAGCACUUCCCCCGCCUCCGCCACCUCCUCCCCCUGAAGACCUAUCCCUUUCCCCCUCCCCUAACCAGGAGCCCCCUCAGUCCCCGCGGUCAGACAGUCAAUUAUCCGCAGACAGUGGCAGUGGAGAAGAGACCUCCACUCUACGAGCCUCUUCACCCAAACCUGGCUCACUGGACGGUCCUUCACUUACAGACUCCACGAUACCGGUGGCAGUGACGGAGAGCGCGCCAGUUGUGUCAGUGGUGCCAUCCUCAGAGAGUGCGACUUCCCCGCCGCCGCACGGCCCGAACCUCGUCAACAAGCAGAUGGUUCUGCCGUUCAUCCCGCCCAAGUUCCCCAGCAGCGGUGACGGCGACGAACACUCACUCAUCAAACCCUCGGAGUACCUGCGCGCCCUCGGGUCCCGCGGCCUCGCACCCUCGCCCACCUCGGUGCCUCACACCCCAGUGUCGGCCACGGCGACGGCGACGACUACAGUCAAAGUGGAUAACUCAUUGCCUGCUGUACACACGUCGCAGACAGAAGACAAGACGGGUGCUGUGGUAGGAGUGAGUGUGACGGCUGCACCGCCGCCACCGCCACUGCCCCCGGUUGCCCCAGUCCCCGCACCCAACUCCACAAGGAAGGCGGACCAGCCCCUGGGGACAAUCAGCAUCCAAGACAUCAACAGUGUUCAGCUGCGACGCACAAACAAGACGCUUUCCAAGACUAUGUCUGCACCUCUUACAUCACUCACAGGAACAGUUGAAAGCCCGUUCCAAGUCCAAAAACAAGAUUUAAUAGAAGAACUGAAGAAAUCAAAGGACAUAACAGGCAUUAAAAAGAUGAAAGUUGAAAAAGUGAAACAGGAAGAACAACAUGAAAAAGAAUUAGUUACAGAAAUUCAUAAACAACUAUCUGUGGACAGUUUUGUAGAAAAGAUACCCGAGAAGGAUGCUACAGGUAACCCAAUCCCUCCAUGGAAGCGGCAAAUGUUGGCCAAGAAAGCGGCAGAGAAGGCGCGGAAAGAGAUGGAAGAGGAACUGGCAAGGCAAGCGGAAGAAAAGAGGCUGCAGUCCAUCCCUGCGUGGAAGAGACAGCUGCUUCAAGCCAAGAAACCUGACGAGAAGUCAAACGGAACAAUUUAUCCAACAUCGACCAUAGAGGAAAAGAAAACACAAAUUAUUGAACCAAAGACAGUCCAAAUAAUUGAGAACACAUCAGUAAAAGAGAACAAGGAGAACAACAAUCCUGUUGCAGUGCAUAAGGAGGCUGUUUCAAUAACGGAUGAGGAACCUAUCCAAAUCAUGCCGUGGAGAGCUCAGCUGAGGAAAACCAACAGCACAUUAAACCUGCUGGAGUAGGGACAAAUACCUGAUGAAAAAUGCUCAAUGCUUCCUAAAUACACCAAACACUCGUGCCCUCGCGUUAUAUUUAUGUAAUCAAACUCGUUAGUCAUACGUUAGGAUAGGUAUCAGUAGAUAGCGCUAUUGUACAUACUUCCUUUGCCUUUGUAGGGUCAUCAUCAGGCUUAUAAAGAUGAUGUUUGUAUUGCUCACUCAAACAUUUUGUGACUUUCUUGAAAUAGUUUGUAUAUUUGUAAAUAUGGUUUCUAAAUGGGCUUCUAGCGUUUAGGAUGCAUUUUCUGUUGAGAAAAUGAUUUUCUAAGGUACGAGUCAACAAACUCAUAAACUUAAUGUUUAGGUAUAUAAACCAAUUGUUAGAAGAUAGAAUUGUAAAAAUUGAGAGUAGCAAUUUAAAUUAAAUAUUUGAAUUUCAAAACGCAGAUCAAUAAAAAUGCUUGGUUAGAUUUUAAAUAAUUCAAGCAUUUACAUGGAUUUUCAAUGAAAUAUAAAUCUUUUAUGCAAUCUUAAUUGGCAAAUUUGUUUAUACUUUGCAAAAUAAUGUUGAUAUGGAAAAGAUACGAGUUGAAAGAGAAUUCCCAGAUUAUGCCUAAGAAUCUGCAGUCGAUAUUAAAUGUAAUUUCUUCAAGAAACAAAUCUAAAUAAAAUUUGAUGUACUCAUUUAACAUUUUACUGACGUUAUCAAGCCAAUCCAGUUAUUGAACAUUUAAUUUAGCACUCCUGAAAUGCUAAAAUAAAACAGCGCCCAAGAAUCACUUUACUUGUUGUAUAUUGGUGGUAUACAGAAAUAAAGUGACUUCCGUACCCAGAAUUCUAAUAAAUAUUUUAUUUGCUAGUAGAGUGUAAAUACAAAUAUAAUGUGUGCUGUGAAAAGUUUUGAGUACUGUAGAAUUCAUUGAAUGUAAUUUCAGUAGACUUCCCCUACCUCUAGUCUGAAAACCUAGAAAUAUGACCCUUGUUAGAAAUAUCAGAAUUUAAUAAAAAAUUCUAAAUAUGUUUUAGACUACAAACUAUUAUUAAACUGAAAAUAAAGAGAAAUAUCAUGUUAGUAUUGUUGAACAGUAUUAGACAAAUACGUUGUGACAAACUAAACAUAACAGCAAAGGAAGUCUACUGGAUUGAGAAUAUUAUAGUACAUUUUUAACAUAAAAUAUAACAAUUCACGAUCAAAUCCAUCUUCCUUUCUGUCACUCAGGAUUUGAAUAGUAACCAAAAGGCUUUUCUUUCUAUUAAUUAACCCAUUUAUUUAUUUUGUUAACAUUAUCAAUUUAUCACAUAUGUAUGGUAGGCCUAUAUUCCUCAGAAUUUGAUAGUUUUUCACUUUAAUUACAUAUUUGCUUGAUAAGUGAACUUUUGAAAGUUUAACACAUCCAUACACAUCUGACCCCUGUUAAGAGUAUGGGAACACUACUUUGUAGGUUUUAAGAUGUUAAAUUUUGCCAUUUUACGAAAUAAUUGCCAACAUUUUUAGGAUAUAACAUAAUUUUUAUUUACAAUACAAUACGUGAUCAAAGCAAAUAGUUUACAAUGGAAGUAAAUGCUUUUUAAGAAUCUUGAUAACUUAAAGUAGAUCAAAUUGGUAUUUGUCAGUUAAACAUGUUAAUUAGCAUUUUUAGAUUAUACGUUGAAGGAUUUGUUCUACUUGAAGCUAAUCCAAUCUGAUGUAACUACUUUUAGGUGAACCACAUAAUUAAGAGGGG